AGGGUUCCAAGAGUUCCCAGAGUUCCAAGAGUUCCCAGAGUUCCAAGAGUUCCCAGGGUUCCAACAGUUCCCAAGAGUUCCUAGAGUUCCCAGAGUUCCAAGAGUUCCCAGGGUUCCAACAUUUCCAGCAGUUCCCAAGAGUUCCCAGAGUUCCCCAGGAGUUCUGAAUUCAUGGAAUCCGGUCACGUCUCUCAAUCCUUUCUCUUAACAUUCCUACUAGAAAUAUAGCAUCUCAUUUACUAUCAUAUAGAUCAUCAAUUAAAUCAGCUGAUGUCAAAUUCUUUCUUUUCUACUGUCUCUACCUGAACUCUAAGUAUUCGAGUUUCUUAAUUAAAAUUUUCUUUCAUUUUAGAUAAUUUAUCAUCUUGUUUGGUCAAUUAUGUCUCAUGAAAAAUUUACUGAUACAAUACGGAAGACUGGGAAUAACGUUGCCAAGCUUGAGAAACUUCAAAAAAAAUAUGAAAGUGAAUAUGAUGAAACAUCAAAAGCUGUUCAAGAACUUGAAGAAGGACCACAAACUGAAACAACAACUAGUGAAAUCAAUCGUUUAAAACAACGUCAAGUAAAUCAAAAGAUCCAAAUUCGUGUAACUGGAUUAAAAGCUGAAAAAGUAGCAGAUGAUCAUGAUGCAAUACUUGGAAAAGAUUGUCGUCUGCAUAAUAAAUAUGGUACAAUUCUUAUUCUCGGUUUUAAAAAUUCAGGCAAAAAAACGUUGAUAAAUACAUUAAAAGAAAAUAAAUUCGAUGAAUAUACGUCAAAUUUAUCUUGUGGUAUCAAAAAACUUUUCGUUUUUGUUUAA